AAUGCACCCACUGUGUGCCGCUGGCUUUACAUAUGGUCGGUGGGAUCACAGUCCUUGGUCCACGGUCCAAUGAAAGAAGCUAUUUAAUCUUGCUGGACGUAACGAUUUGGAAAGAAAAUUAUACAUUAAAGAAUUAACGGACAUAUUUAACUUUGUUAACGGCCGCUAGAUUUUUAACAGCAAGUGUUUGAUCCUGUUAAUAUAUGGCAGUGGGCAAAUCUCUCAGUACUGUGGUGCAUUCUAGCUGCUGUUUGAAAAACCAGUACAACUUCUAUAAAACUGCUAUGACUUCUUUGCUGGUUCCUCCGAUGUCAGUCCGUGGAAUGACUUGUUUGGAUCGUGAUGCAUUUGCAACAGUCGUGAACAUACCAAUAUUAAAAUUAAAAAAAAUUGUUACAAAAUUCGAGGAUAUUACCGAAAAUGAUAGACAAUCUCUGGUGGGUCAGUAUGAAUACUUUAGCACUAAGAGCAUUACACUAAAGUAUGAGAAUUGGCGUGGCCAUGAGAUAUUAAAAGCAAUUUUGCCAGAAGACAUUCAACCUCCUGCAGCAUACAGCUUGGUAGGACAUAUUAUGCAAUUAAAUCUGCGUGAUAUACAUUUACCCUACAAAACUAUUAUUGGUCAAGUGUUUCUUGACAAGACUCCGAAUGUACAAACAGUAGUAAACAAAGUAAAUGCUAUUGAUACAACAUUUCGAUAUUUUACUAUGGAGAUCCUAGCUGGUGAAAAGAAUACAGUAACAACCACAAAAGAACAUGGUUGUACAUAUCAGUUUGAUUUUGCGCGAGUUUACUGGAAUCCACGUCUAUCUAAUGAACAUACACGUUUAAUAGCAUGCAUGAAGAAAGACGAUGUUCUAUAUGACGUAUUUGCAGGAGUGGGACCCUUUGCUGUGCCUGCUGCGCGUAAAGGUGUCAAAGUACUCGCAAAUGACUUAAAUCCUGAGUCGUACAAAUGGCUUCAGAUAAAUGUUACUGCUAACAAAGCUAAAAUGGAUCAAUGUCCAGCAAGCUUGAUAGUUGUCGGAAAUGAAAUUUUAAAUGGACAGAUUGUUGAUACCAAUACAUCAUAUUUAGCAAGAAGUUUGAAGGCUGCUGGUUUGAGUUUGCAGAGAGUUACAGUCGUUCCCGAUGUGGUGGAUGAUAUUGCUAAAAAAGUAAAAAAUGCCUCACAGGAGUAUCCUGUUGUAUUUACAUCCGGUGGUGUUGGUCCUACUCAUGAUGAUGUAACUUAUGAAGCUGUAGCAAAGGCUUUCAGAUUAAAACUUGAAUCACAUCAAGAAUUACUUGAUACCUAUAUUCGGAUGAAUCCUAAUCAGCCAGAGAUAAAACGACUCGCUAUUGUCCCCAAUCCUUGCAAAAUAAUUAAUGUCAAGUCUACAGAAGUUUUUCCAGUGAUAAGUGUAAAAAAUGUUUAUAUACUGCCUGGAUCUCCUAAAUAUUUUGAGGCUGCAGUAGACACGAUAGUUCCUCAAUUAAAAGGAUUCACGCCGUUACACUUUGAACACAUAAAUAUCAAAUUGAACAAAUUGUCUAUAGUGGAUAUAUUAGAUAAGCAAGCAAAACGAUGGGAUGGCAAAGUGAGAAUUGGCAGUUACGUUCAAUCAGAACCACAGACUUUUACGAAAAUUACCUUGGAAGGAUCGAAAGAAGCAGUGGCCGAAGCAAAGGAAGAACUUCUAUAUUAUCUGCCAGUGCAAAAACUUAUGAACCUGGAGCAUGGAUUGAGUCAUUUUCAAAUGAAUGCUCUUCUCGAGGAUAAUGAAGCAUAUAUUAAGUGUGCGUUGAAUAUAGUACAGGAAUGUUAUGAUAGAUAUAAAUCUGAUGAGAUUUUUAUAAGUUUCAACGGUGGUAAGGACUGCACGGCAGUCUUGCAUUUAGCUGCCAUUGUCGCCAAAUCGCGCGAUAUCUCGUCAUUGUUGUGUCUAUACGUGACAGCGGAUUCCUUUCCGGAAGUGGAAGCAUUCGUAGACCUAGCAUCCAAAUAUUACGGUUUGGCGAUCAUUCGGAAGCCACGGCCCGUGCGAUCUGCAGUGUUGACUUUACUGGAAGAGAAGCGCAAUUUGAAAGCAAGUCUCAUGGGUAUGAGGAAGGACGACCCGGGCUCGGCAAAUCUGCAACCGUUCGCGCUCACCGAUCCGGACUGGCCACAAUUGAUGCGUGCCAACCCUAUUUUAAAUUGGUCGUACAAUCAGGUGUGGGCGUUCCUGUUGAAGCACAAUGUCCCUUAUUGCUCGCUUUACGAUCAGGGAUACACGAGCCUCGGUAACAGGAGCAGCACGAUGAAGAAUCCGCUGCUGAAAGAUCCCAACGAUCCUUCGUCUUACUUACCAGCAUACACUUUGACUGACAAGUCUGCCGAAAGAAGAGGCAGAUUGUGAUAAAGCACCAAAGCAAGAUUAGUGUUUGAAUUUGAAUUUGGUAUUCUUAGUGAAUUUCACGCACAACCGCUGGCGUUCACCAGUAUUGUUACAUAUUUUUAUUAAUUUUAAUAUUGUUAAGUUUCUUCCAGAUAUAUCGAUUUUUUUUUUAAUUACGAGAUGAGUAACACAGUUUUAUGAAUAUUAGCAAUCA